CUUGGCUGCGCGCACACCCCGACUGCGGCACCGUCCCAGCCGCGCCGGCAGCCGGCUCCCGGGCAGGUGCCUCGGGCCACCUCGCGCCACCGGACUUCUGCCCCGCACCCCACCCCCCGCCGCCUCCCGCCUCCCGCCUCCUGCCUCGCGCCCCCGCCGCGGGGCAUCGCGACGCCCGGGCCCGGGCCACGGGCCGCAGCGCCGGGGCCGGCGAUGAGCGCGAGGAGCCGGCAUGAGCGCAGGGCCUGUCCCCCACCCCAUUCUGAGCCGACACCCAGCCAGAGAGAGCCAGACGCACAAAGGAGCUCGACAUGACAGCAGCCCUCUCGUGGGCAGCACGCCCGCCGGUUAUGGGACCCUGACGAUAGAGACAUCUGUAGAUCCCCUCAGCUCCUCAGUUUCAUCCGUGAGGCUCAGCGGUUACUGUGGCAGUCCAUGGAGGGUCAUAGGCUAUCACAUCGUGGUCUGGAUGAUGGCAGGGGUCCCUUUGCUGCUGUUCCGCUGGAAGCCGGUGUGGCGGGUGCGGCUGCGGCUCCGGCCCUGCAACCUGGCCCGCGCCGAAACACUCGUCAUCGAAAUAAGAGACAAAGAGGAUAAUUCGUGGCAGCUGUAUACUGUGCAGGUGCAGACUGAGGCCAUCAGUGAGAGCAGCCUGGAGCUGCCUGCCCAGGUCCAGGCGGAGGACGGCCGGAGCCAGGCGGCUGUGGGGGCAGUGCCAGAGGGUGCAUGGAAGGACACCACCCAGUUCUGCAGGAACGAAGAGGCACAGCGGAAGCUGCGAUAUUACCUCUUCCGGGGCCAGCGCUACGUCUGGAUCGAGAGCCAACAGGCCUUCUGCCAAGUCAGCCUGCUGGACCACGGCCGCACCUGUGACGACGUCCGCCGCUCCUGCUCCGGCCUCAGCCUCCAGGAGCAAGCCGUGAGGAAGACCAUCUAUGGCCCCAACGUGAUCAGCGUGCCGGUCAAGUCCUAUCCCCAGCUGCUGGUGGACGAGGCACUGAACCCCUACUAUGGGUUCCAGGCCUUCAGCAUCGGGCUGUGGCUGGCGGACCGCUACUACUCAUAUGCCCUUUGCAUACUGUUCAUCUCCACCGCCUCCAUCUGUCUGUCGCUCUACAAGACCAGAAAGCAAAGCCAGACUCUGAGGGACAUGGUGCAGCUGUCCACACGGGUGUGCGUGUGCCGGCCCGGGGGAGAGGAGGAGUGGGUGGACUCCAGCGAGCUGGUGCCUGGAGACUGCCUGGUGCUGCCCCAGGAAGGCGGCCUGGUGCCCUGCGACGCUGCCCUGGUGGCUGGGGAGUGCAUGGUCAACGAGAGCUCUCUGACAGGGGAGAGCGUUCCAGUGCUGAAGACGGCCCUGCCGGAAGGACCGGUGCCCUACUGCCCCGAGACCCACCGGCGGCACACGCUCUUCUGUGGGACCCUCGUCCUGCAGGCCCGGGCCUUUGUUGGACCCCACGUCCUGGCGGUGGUGACUCGAACAGGGUUCUGCACAGCCAAAGGGGGCCUGGUGAGCUCCAUCUUGCAUCCCCGGCCCAUCAGCUUCAAGUUCUACAGGCACAGCAUGAAGUUUGUGGCCGCCCUCUCUGUCCUGGCUCUCCUCGGCACUAUCUACAGCAUCUUUGUCCUUCACCGCAACCGGGUGCCUCUGAAUGAGAUCGUGAUCCGCGCUCUGGACCUGGUGACGGUCGUGGUGCCCCCCGCCCUGCCAGCCGCCAUGACCGUGUGCACGCUUUACGCCCAGAGCCGGCUCCGGAGUCAGGGUAUCUUCUGUAUCCACCCGCUGCGCAUCAACCUGGGGGGCAAGCUCCAGCUGGUGUGUUUCGACAAGACGGGCACCCUCACGGAGGACGGCUUGGAUGUGAUGGGCGUGGUGCCCCUAAAAGGGCAGGCGUUCCUGCCUCUGGUCCCGGAGCCCCGCCGCCUGCCCGUGGGGCCCCUGCUCCGAGCGCUGGCCACCUGCCACGCCCUCACCCGGCUCCAGGACACCCCGGUGGGCGACCCCAUGGACCUCAAGAUGGUGGAAUCUACUGGCUGGGUCCUGGAGGAGGGGCCGGCCGCAGACUCGGCAUUCGGGGCCCAGGUCCUGGCGGUGAUGAAACCCCCGCUUCAGGAGCCCCAGCUGCAGGGCGUGGAGGAGCCCCCGGCACCCGUCAGCGUCCUCAGCCGCUUCCCGUUCUCGUCAGCCCUGCAGCGCAUGGACGUGGUGGUGGCGUGGCCGGGGGCCGCACAGCCGGAGGCCUAUGUCAAGGGGGCCCCUGAGCUGGUGGCAGGCCUCUGCGACCCCGAGACAGUGCCCACGGACUUCGCCCAGAUGCUGCAGAGCUACACGGCCGCCGGCUACCGCGUCGUGGCCCUCGCCAGCAAGCCGCUGCCCAUCGCGCCCAGCCUGGAGGCCGCUCAGCGACUGACCAGGGACACCGUGGAGCAGGACCUGAGCCUCCUGGGGCUGCUCGUCAUGAGGAACCUGCUGAAGCCGCAGACCACGCCGGUCAUCCGGGCUCUGCGGAGGACCCGCAUCCGCACCGUCAUGGUGACAGGGGACAACCUGCAGACGGCCGUCACCGUGGCCCAGGGUUGCGGCAUGGUGGGUCCCCAGGAGCGUCUGGUCCUCAUCCACGCCACCCCCCCCGAGCGAGGCCAGCCUGCCUCCCUCGAGCUCCUGCCACUAGAAUCCUCCACGGCUACGAACGGGGCUAAGGAUCUUGGCCAGGCCGCAAGCUGCACCAUGGAGCCAGACCCCCGAUCCAGCCACCUGGCCCUCAGCGGGUCCACCUUUGGUGUCCUUAUGAAGCACUUCCCCAAGCUGCUGCCCAAGGUCCUGGUCCAGGGCACUGUCUUCGCCCGCAUGGCUCCUGAGCAGAAGACAGAGCUGGUUUGUGAGCUCCAGAAGCUUCAAUACUGCGUGGGCAUGUGUGGGGACGGCGCCAAUGACUGUGGGGCCCUGAAGGCGGCCGACGUGGGCAUCUCGCUCUCCCAGGCCGAGGCCUCUGUGGUCUCGCCCUUCACCUCGAGCAUGGCCAGCAUCGAGUGUGUGCCCAUGGUCAUCAGGGAAGGCCGGUGUUCCCUCGACACGUCGUUCAGCGUCUUCAAGUACAUGGCUCUGUACAGCCUGACCCAGUUCAUCUCCGUCCUGAUCCUCUACACGAUCAACACCAACCUGGGCGACCUGCAGUUCCUGGCCAUCGACCUGGUCAUCACCACCACGGUGGCAGUGCUCAUGAGCCGCACGGGGCCGGCGCUGGCGCUGGGGCGGGCGCGGCCGCCGGGGGCCCUGCUCAGUGCGCCCGUGCUGAGCAGCCUCCUGCUGCAGGUGGCCCUGGUGGCCGGCGUGCAGCUGGGGGGCUACUUCCUGACCGUGGCCCAACCCUGGUUCGUGCCCCUGAACAAGACCGUGCCGGCGCCAGACAACCUGCCCAACUACGAGAACACGGUGGUCUUCUCGCUGUCCAGCUUCCAGUACCUCAUCCUGGCCGCCGCUGUGUCCAAGGGGGCGCCCUUCCGCCGGCCGCUCUACACCAACGUGCCCUUCCUGAUGGCCCUGGCGCUCCUGGGCUCCGUCCUGGUGGGCCUCCUCCUGGUCCCUGGCCUCCUGCAAGGCCCGCUGGGGCUGAGGAACAUCGCUGACACCUGCUUCAAGCUGCUGCUGCUGGGCCUGGUGGCCUGCAACUUCGUGGGGGCCUUCAUGCUGGAGAGCGUGCUGGACCAGUGCCUCCCGGCCUGCCUGCGGCGGCUCCGACCCAAAAAGGUCUCGAAGAAGCGUUUCAAGCAGCUGGAGCGGGAGCUGGCCGAGCAGCCCUGGCCGCCGCCCGCCGGGCCCGCGAGGUAGCGCGGGCCCGUCCGCACACCGGACGCCGAUCUCCCUGCCUCUGAGCCACCGACUGGGACCCGUCUCCGGAGACGCCACCGCCGCCGCUCGUGCAGCCCGGAGGCUGGCAGGUGUCCUGCUCCUGCCCCGGGUCUGCCCGGCCCAGCCUUCCCUGCCCUCGGCCGGGGAAAUGCUGUCGUCCCCAACUUCAGACCUCCCGUGUACACAUGACAGCUACCAAUGCCCCCAGAGCCUCUGUCAGUGGAGCAAAUAAAGUCAUGAUAUUUUCCUGGCA